AUGAACACCCACCCCGAGAACAACGCUGAUAUUAUGGUUGAAGAUGUGGGCCCUGACAUGAGCGUUUACUUCUGGGGCGACGGACCUGCGCCUGUCCCUGAACGAGUUCUGGCCCCAGAAGAAGCCUCUUUCAACGGUCCUCACUCGCCACCACCAGAUCUACAACUACCACAGAGCCCUUAUCCACUUCCAGGCGCAUUUCCUGGUCCCGUUGCCUUCUCUCCACCCCCGCAGCUCUCCCCGCAACCCUCCCCACCACUAUCCCCCCCGACCACCACAUAUGUCCCUACUCCCUCCCCGUCGGCCUCCCCAAAGCCCAAGACCGGAAUUUGGUCCGCCCUCCGCUCGCGCUACAACGAGUCCAAGGCCCGCCCUCUCAGCACUGACCGCUCUCUUACCACUGCUGCGCAACCACCACAAGCAAUCAGCUUUUCUUCGCCGCUUCCCCCUCCCGUCUUCAACCCGCCGCCAGCCCGAUUUUGCGACGGCUGCUCAUCAGCCCUUGCCGGCCGCCCCUGCGUCCACUGUCUCACAUGCCCCGACUAUGAUCUCUGCUCGCGCUGCUACCACGAGGGCAGAAUCACUCAGCCUCACCAGCAAUGGCAUCAGCUUCAUACACUGCACCCACCCGAACGCCGCCCCCGGAGCUCCCGUGGCUCUUCGAGAGGCGGGUUCGCGUGUAGUGCGUGCGCAGGCGACCUGACGGGGGAGGUCAGGGUCAAGUGCGCCGACUGCUAUGAGGAGUAUAACCUCUGCCUCGACUGCAACCUCAUGGGCGUGGCAACGGCGAGACAUACGACAUCCCAUAGAGUCAGCUAUAUCAACGACGUGGCGCCCGCGAGGCUGAUGGCGAGAGAUGGCGAGCCAAGUGACGCCCUGGUUGGGAUGGUUGAAGGCCUCUUCGAAUAUAUGGAUUCGGCCUUCAAGCCAAAGAAUACUGGGCGGUUGGAGCCAGAGAAGCUCAGUGCGUUCUAUAGGAAGAUGGGAGUGGUGGAUGCAGAAAAUAUCGGCCUGUUCACCGAUGAAAAGAUCGCAUUCCAAUAUCUCUCUAUGCGCUGCCAAUACAUGCUGAUCUCGGCCAAACAUGAGGAGAUCUCUUCGCGCGCCAAACCAUGGACUAUCGAUGCGCUCGAUACCACACCCACCACGCCAGUGCUGACAAAAUUGGGGUGGAUGCGCUUCUUUGUAGUGUGCACAUGGCGUGCGCCGACUACGAUGCACUUCCUCCUCCAGAAUGCGAUCAAUACCGGCUACAUUAGGAGAAAGUCGGGUGGAGAUCCGUACUAUAUGCCAUUUAAGAUCCCCAGGUCGGCAUUGCCUAGUAGGCCGUUGAAUUUGGGAGAAGCAGUGAUCAAAAACUGA